AUGGAAAAGGUCCACCAGGACACGAAAAGGCAGAUAAUCAUCCCACAUGACAUCCCACCUAUUCAACCACCAGAAUUCAAUCUGGACACUGACCCUCCAAAAUGGAAGGAAGUAGAGAAUGUUGUCCGACGAGCAAGAGCGGCCUCGGCUCCUGGGCCUAAUGGAGUACCAUACAAGCUCUACAAGAACGCCGCGGAUGUUCUACGCUUUCUUUGGAGGCUCAUGAGGAUAGUGUGGCAGAAGGAAAUAAUACCAAAGGCAUGGCGAAGGGCUGGUGGUGUGCUAAUCCCGAAAGAGGAGGAUGCGACAGACAUCAGUAAAUUCCGACCAAUCUCCCUUCUCAACGUUGAAGGGAAGAUCUGUUUCAGUAUAAUAGCACAGAGGCUGUCCACUUACCUGGAAAGGAACAAGUACAUUGAUACAUCUGUACAGAAAGCAGGCAUUCCUGGUUUCUCUGGUUGCCUGGAACAUACUAGUAUGAUUUGGCACCAGAUCCAAACAGCUAAGAAGGACAAGAGAGACCUCUAUGUCAUCUUCCUUGACCUGGCCAAUGCCUUUGGCUCAGUUCCCCAUGAACUCCUCUGA